ACUUAAUAUGGCACAUUCCAUCACAUGUGAGAAACCAAGCACUUUGUAUGGCAUAUUCCGUCACGUGUGAGAAACUAAGUACUUUGUAUGGCGUAUUCCGUCACAUAUGGGAAACUAAGCACUUUGUUUGUUGUUUCCGUCACAGGUAAGAAACUAAGGGAGGAGGGAGGUGAUACUAAGGGAGCCAGCGCUAUCCUGCGGCGUCUGCCUGUGCCUAAAAUGCGCGAUAUGCUGUUGCCGGAGCGAUUGGCCAAUGUUUGGUGUGACGCGUGCAAGCUACGGUUGAGCUACGCUAGCGAUAAGAUCCUGCAUCUGUCAGAGCGCGG